AUGGAGCUGCCACGCCCUGGCAUCUUCGCCGUCACCCUCGUCGCAUUUUGCGGCGUGUUCGGGGUCGUGCGCCACGCCCGGCGCGCCGCGCCCACCGUCGCGCUCUCGGCGGACGCCAGACCCUACGAGUGGGGCAGCCCCAACAGCGUCAAGCUCUUCAAGCGGACCCACGCGUCGACGCACCCGCAGCGCGACGGCUGGUUUCUGUCGCACUACAUCGGCGUGGAACAGACGGCGGCCGAGUUCUGGAGCAACGGGAGCCAGUACUCGAGCAAGAUCUACAGCGGCUCCGCGGACAAGAAGGGCCUGCUGUACGAGACCGCGUGCGGUCUCGCGAACGCGAGCUGCUGCGCGGAGCGCGCGUCCAUGACGACGCUCGGCACGUUCACGUUCCACCAGUUCCGCUCCUGGGUGACGCCCACGGGCGACGCCCGCGUCGAGGACUGGGUCGGCUUCUGGAACGGGCUGAGGGAGUUCGACGUCGCGUCGACGCGCCCGUACGACUGGGACGCGUACAUGCACCUCGCGACCCACUUCUACACGCCGAAUCUGGACGCCCACGUGCGGCGUCUCGUCGAGGAGAAGGUGCCGUUCCUCGCGCGGCACUACGCGAACCGCGGGCAGGCCAUGUUCGUCGCCUACGUCAAUAACCCGUUCAACGGCCACGUCUUCGCCGUCCACGGCGCGCGGCUCAAGGACGACCUGCGGGAAACCUAUUUCUCACGAAACGUCGACGACGACCUCCACGCCUGCCCCGGCGCGGCCAAGGUCGCCUUCUCCCGGGAGCGCCUCGAGGACUGGUGGCUCGGCCUCAACGGCACGGCGAAGAACGCGGAGACGGGGCUGCCGGACGUCCUCGCGGUCGUCGUCGCCCAGCCGACGGCCGACGCCGCCGCGACGCGGCGCGCGCUCGACUCCGCGGGGGGCUUGGCGCUGCUGCCGUGGAAUUUCACGGCGAACCGCCGGGACCAGUGCGCCGUGCUCGAGGCGACGCUGCCGACGGGGAAGCUCGUCAAGAGCGGGACCCUGGGCGACGACCAGGCCUACGCGUCGCUGCGCUUCGUCGAGGUCGGCGGCGCGCGCGACGGCGGCCGGCCCGUCGCGGACUACGUCGCCGUCGCGGACGGCAACGUGAAGUCGUUCAUGGGCGCGAACGAGGGCUGGGCGCGGUUCUUAGAUUACCACAUCGGGCUCAACGUGCCCGGCGUCCUCGACGACUACCGCGCGCCGCUCGACGCGGUCGACGCGCACUACCACGCGCACGUCGCCCCCCAGUCGGGCACGCCCGACGACGGCUCCAUCUUCGCCGAGGGCGCGUCGGGCCUGUGCGUGGAGCUCCACGGCGUCUUCAACUACACGGCCUUCGACCCGGAGCCCCUCGGGAGCCUGAACUUCUGCGCCGCGGACUCGACGUGCGCCAAGGGCGUCGAGCUCUGCUCCGGCGACGUGCUCCACCAGGCCUACCCGGGCUACCGCGUCUACGCGACGAACGCGUCGGCCUGCGACGGCGGCGCGGGCGACUGCGCGCACUACGCCGUGAGCGGGGCGGACCGGGUGUACGAGGCCUACAACAGCCUGCACUCGCUGGCGAACACGUACAAGAAGCCCUUCGACGUGCCGUCGGUCGUCGUCAUCGGCGCGCAGUCGAGCGGCAAAUCGGCGCUCGUCGAGGCGCUCAUGGGCUUCCAGUUCAACGAGGUCGGCGGCGGCACGCGCACGCGGCGGCCCAUCGCGCUCCAGAUGCACUACAACGCGGCCUGCGACGAGCCCGCGUGCUACAUCAUGGACGAGCGGUUCUCCGGCGGCGAGCCCGUCGACGGCGGCGCGCCGUUCGAGCGCCGCGCGACGCUCGCGGAGGCGCGGCGCUUCAUCGAGGAGGAGAACCGGCGCCUCGAGCGCGACCAGCACCGGAGCUUCGAGGCGCGGGAGAUCGUCAUGCGCGUCGAGUACCGCCACUGCCCGAACCUGGUGUUGGUCGACACGCCGGGCCUCGUCGGCGGCGGCGGCGACGUCUUCGGCGACGACUUCGGCGAGGAGUCGCACGAGUCGCCCCACGCGCGGGGCAUGAAGCGCCAGGCCCGCGAGGCCUACGAGCUCGCCCUGGGCAAGGCGCGCGCGCGGAACGCCGUGCUGCUCUGCGUCGACGACGGCAACGACUGGAAGCUCGGGUCCAUCGCGCGGCGGCUCUGCGCGGACGCGGACCCGACGCUGAGCCGCACGGUCGUCGUCUCGACGAAGCUCGACACGAAGCUCGUCCAGUUCGGGUCCGGCCGGGACGUGGCGUCCUUCCUCCGGGCCAAGGUGCUCCACGACCUCCACCCGCGGCUGCUGGCGGGCCCGUUCUUCACGUCCGUGCCCUGCGGCCGCGUCGCGGGCGCGAUCUCCCCGGGCGGCGACGCCUGGGACCCCCAGGGCGGCGCGCCGGAGAACCAGCCCUGGGACCUCGACGACGAGGGCUUCUACGAGGACGACGGCGUCGCGUUUAGGGGCGACGCGGAGUUCCGCGCCGCGACGGCGCGCGCGUCGCGCGCGGACCGGUCGCUCGUCAAGUCCAAGGUCGGCUUCGAGUUCUUCGACAAGGCGGCGCCCCAGCUCGGCGUCGGCGCGCUGCGCCAGUUCCUCGAGCGCCACGUCGAGCUCCAGUACCGGUCGAACGUCGCGCGGGUCGUGCCGCUGCUCCGGCAGGAGCGGCUCCGGACCGAGGCCGCGCUCGAGGCGACGGACAUCGAGCUCGACGCGCUGACGCCGGAGAAGCUGCGGCGCUCGGCGGAGACCAUCGCGGACAAGUUCUGCCGGUCCCUGAGCGCGGCCGUCGCGGGCUCGGUGUCCGCGCCGCCGGACGUCUACGGCGAGCGCCUCGCGGACGAGCGGCUCAACGGCGGCGCGUUCCAGGCGCCCGCGGAGUCCGCCGCCGACCAGGAGGGCCUCUUCGACGACCCGGACCGCGCGCGCGUCAUGCGCGGCGGCUUCGGGCUGAACCCGCGCGCGCCGCGGCGGCCGACGUCGCGGUCCGCGUUCGCGACGGCGACGGCGCCGGGGCUCGCGUCCACGCCCGGGUCCUUCCACCAGCCCCCGCCGCCGGGCCCCGGGGACGCGUCCAUGCAGCUCACGCUGUCCCAGACGGCCCUGGACGGGGCCGUGGGCCACGCGGACGCGAACCUCUACGGCGGCGCGCAGUACCGCCGCGCGCUCCGCGAGUUCGCGCUCGCCGUGCGCCACCUGUCGCUGCCGUCCGUCGACGGCGACGAGAUCGCCAACGCUUUGGGCGUCGGCGACGCCCACGACGGCGCGGACUUCGUGCGCGCGUCCUGCGUCAUCGCCGUCGACAAGGCGCGCCGGUCCUUCGAGCCGCAGCUCCAGACGCUCGCGGAGCGCGUGAGCCACGUCAUGCGGCGCCUGCCGCCGGUCAUCGAGUGCAUGAUGGAGUCGCAGCCCGGCCGCGCCUUCGGCACGUCCGGGCCGCGGUCCGGCCGCAAGGGCGACGUCGUGCUCACGGGCGACGCGUCGGGCCCCUACGACGGCGUCAUGCAGCUGAUCGCGUCCAUCUACGACACGUACGUCCACGAGCUCGCGGACCGGGCCGUCGCGCGCUGCAAGGACGACCUGGAGGCCAUGACGCGCUUCGUGACCUGGGACCUGGCGUCGUCGUCCGACGCCAAGUCCGCCGUCAAGGCGGCGCUGGAGCCGACGCCGGACCUCGCGCGCGCGUUGGACGACCUCGACGGCGCGCCGCCGCGGAAGCAGAAGCGCCGCUCCAAGGCGAACAAGUGGUUCUCCGCCAAGGACGAGGUCGCCGUCGAGGCGUCGGUCCUCGACGACUGGAAGCGCUCCGUCGCCGACGAGGACAGCGACGUCGCGCUCUCCAGCGACGAGCUCCCGCGCGGCGCGCUGAGCCCCGUGGCGACGCCCACGGAGAUCGUCGGGUCCCUCGUGCGCCGCAUCGCGGCGGCCUGGCGCGAGCACUUCGCGCGGACCGUGGCCGUCAAGUUCAACUGCUUCUUCCUCAUGCCGUUCGUCGACGACUUCCCGCUCUACCUCCGGGAGAAGCUCGACGACCACGUCCACACCCCCGAGAACGGCGGCGACGGCGCCUUCGCGCUCUUCGACGCCGCGCACUGGAAGAGCGGCCACAAGGCGGCGUGUGGCGCGGCGGCCCCGGCGCCCGCCGAGGCCCCGGCGCCCGCCGAGGCGACUCCGUCGCCCGUCGAGCCGCUCGACGAGUCGAGCUUCGACUGCGCGGUCUGCCUGCAGCUGCUCUGCGAGCCGACGACGCUGCCGUGCGGCCACAGCUUCUGCCGCGGCUGCGUCGCGGACGCGCUCACGGCGGCGGCCGCGCGGUGCCCCGCGUGCCGGUCGGCCGUGCCCGCGCGCGUCGCGGGCGACCUGCGCGUGAACCGCCUCCUCGAGCAGGUCGUCCACGCGCGAGCGCCGGACGCGUACGCCGCGCGCCGAGCCGCGCUCGCGGCGGCGCCGCGGGCCGGGGCGCCGGAGCCGCCGUCGCGCUGGACGGUCGUCGCCGACCUGCUGUCGCCCGCGUCCCUGGCCGUCCUCGCCCUCGUCGACGUGCUCGGCGCGCCGGUCGCGGUGUCGUUCGAGGGCAUGACGUACUGCGACGACAAGCGGCGGCCCGAGUGGGCGCGGCCCGAGGCGCCCGGCACGGGCGUCCCGCGCCUCGAGUGCCGCCCGCGCGAGGGCGCCCCGGUCGUCGUCACCGAACCCGCGAGCAUCAUCCGCGCGCUCCUCGAGCUCUACGGCGAGGGCCGCGUCGACGUCGGGCCGUCGCCGUCGAAAGCGUCGGCGGGCCUCGUCGACCGCGUCCGCGGCGAGCAGCUCUUCGACACGGCGUGGACGAUGCUCGUCAACCCGGUGUCGCAGCACCUCUUCUGUGCGGUCUGGGAUGGCCACUGCAACGCGCCGGGGACCCGGGGGCUCGUCGACGCGCUCGAGUGGGUCGACCGCACCGUCGGGCCCGCGGUCGCCGCCCACGCCGGGCCGCGGCGGACCGUCCUCGAGAUCACCGUCGGCGCGCCGCUGCUCCUGCUCCGGCUCGUCCAGGACAUGGUCCUCGACGACGCGCUCCAGGUGCGGCCGGGGCUUCGGGCCUUUGUGGCGCGCGUGGAGCGGUCGGACGUCGGCCAGGCCGUGGCGCGCCGCGUGGGCGCGUCCCGCCAUCUGCAAGCGUACCGCGAGAGGGUGAGGCGCGGCAUCGGAAUGGCAGUCAUCAUGCUCAGCGGCCAGACCCCCGCAUUUGACGAGAGAGCAGCGUCGAAACUUGUCCGCCCCACGUUCCCGUAUCACGACAACAACCUGGGCUCCGCCAGCGACGGCGCGGAGUUCUACCGCCCCACUUCCGAUUUGGGCAAAGAGGAGCUUUUCGAAGACUACCUCAGGCGCUACGACAACGACAAGAGCGACUAUUAG